UAGGGGGCUACUAAAUUUUUUUUAUUAUGUAGUAAAAUUAUUUUUAUAACAAAAUAUUCUAGUUAAUUUACGUACUUAAAACAAUUUUCUGUACAAAUAAAAGCUUUUUUGAAAGAUUAAUACCUCAUAAGUACUCGUGAAUUAUAAAUUUAAGUCAGUAAAUGAGUUAAGCAUGAGUAAAAAAUUGCUUUCCAAGUGUUACGUGGAUUUAUUAUGAACAAACUACUGUCAGAUUAUAAACAACCGCACCCAGGAGUCAUGCAGUUGUCGCGUGGCAUUUUUAAUAAUGUAUUUUCAAAACAUGUGAUAACGAAUGUCUUUUAAGUAUUCAAAAAAAUUAAAUGAUGAUAUGAUAGGUUCGAUCAGUAUUUUUGUCGACUGAGCAUUAUGUUAACCUCUUCUUCAUAACAUUAGCUCAUACAUUGACUCACCAAGUCACAUUUGCAUUGCUCACCUGUAAAGAAUGUCUUGAAGUUUUUAUUGUCUUUAGAAUUUUUUAUUAAAGUGACUUAAACUAACAAUUUGUUACAAUAUUAAAGUAUAAACAGUCCAAUCAUGAAUACUAUCUGGCUACUAUUUACUAUUGGUUUUGUAUCAGCAAAGGAUUCGUAUAAAGGAUGUUAUAAAAAUUCUGAAGAAUCUGAAUCCCCUUUGCUCGCUUUAAAUUAUCCUAGUAAACCAAGUGAAUGUACCAAAGAGUGCAAGAAUCGAUAUUACAUGUAUGCAGGUCUUAUGAAAGGUCAAUUAUGUUAUUGUAUGAGCAGAUAUGGAAGUGGAAGCCCUUCCAAUGGGUGUUCAAACACAUGUAUAGGUGAUAAAAGUUCAUUUUGCGGCUCUGAAGAUUCAGUUAGUGUCUACGAAACUGGUCAAAAAGGUUCAAGCCCACCAAAAAGGCUCAAUGUAGUACAGAGGCAGACUACAUCGUUAUAUAUUACUUGGGAACGCCCAGAUAUUACUAAUGGCGUUAUUACCUCAUAUACAGUUCGCGCUGUACCUGGACAAACAUAUGCUUCAUACCCAUUACAACCAACUCAAGUACAAAUACAAGGAGAAUCUUCCGAUAAUACUAUUAUAACUAAUCUACAUCCUGGAACUCAAUAUAAUAUUUCUAUUACUGCUAUGAAUGCUAAAGAAGAAAGCGAACCAACUUAUACUGUUGACUGGACACUUAUUGGACCACCAAAUAAUCCUGAGGUACCAAAAAUAAUUUCUAGAGAAGGUACCAAGAUGGUAAUAGAAAUUUCUGAAGGUAGUAGUCAGAACGGACCAUUAACUGUUUAUCAAAUUAUCGUUGUUUAUCCAGGAAUUGUCCCUCCAACUGAUCAUAAUAUCGCUUAUCCUAACUAUGAUAAAGCGAUCAGGGAUGGUUUCCUUUAUUAUAUCACUGGAGAAUUUGAGGCUUCAGAGUUUAUGAAUCAUAAACAAUUUGUUGUUGGAGACGGACAAAAAGUUGGUGGUUAUUAUAAUGCUCCUUUAGAAAAACCUUUUGAUAGACCUCAGAUUGGUAUAGCACUUGUUUCAAAAGUAAGAAAUGAAAUUCAGUACAGUUACUCUGAUCUUACAGGUCAUGCUUUCAUGUUUAAUCGAUUAAGGGAUAGACAAGGUCUCGAUGGAACUGCUAUUGGACUCUGCGUAGCAAUAGUUUUAUUGGGAACUUUGUUGAUCGUUUCAGUCGUUUCUUACUUUGUUAUAAAACGUAGACACGAGCAAAUUCGAAUGAAUAAACUUCCAGAGCAACAAGAAUUAACACUUCAGGGUCCAAUGUAUGAAGUUGAUAACAUGGGUUACAUCCCUGAAGAAGUUCCAGAGCGACCAAAUCAUUAUCAAGAUUUGAAAUCUAAAGUCUGGAGUAUUCCAAAGAAUUUUCUUAUAGUAGAUUCUACUCUCAUACGCCGUGGAAGGUUUGGAACAAUUCAUAGUGGCACUGUACAACAUCCACAUGGAGAAUCCUCUAAAGUUAUUGUUCACUCGAUAUCAGAUGGUUCUUUGAGACCAUCAGAAAAGAGACACAUGCUGAGAGACCUCGAUGCUUGUAUUAAAGCAGGAACUAUGAAGUAUUUAGCGAGUUUAGUAGGUAAUUGUGAAACUCCUGAUACUCUUUAUGUUGUCUUAGAGAUGCCAGCACAAAACUUGAAGACUAGAUUAUUAGCUGCCAGAUCAGGAAAUGCUUUUCCUACAGAGAAAUUAUUACCUAUUGGUGCUUCUAUUGCAAGUGGACUUGAUUAUCUUGAUGCUCAUAAAAUAUAUCAUUCUCAUCUUUGUGCGCGUAGUAUUGGAUUGACUGAUGAUUUCGAGCCGAAAAUAAUGGGUUAUGGUAUAGGAAAACAUUCACUGGAAGACUUAAAAUUAGCUCGUUGGACUGCUCCUGAACGGUUUGGCCAUAAAAAGCACAACCCAGCGGUUGUGUGGGCUUAUGGUGUUGUCAUUUGGGAGAUGAUGAGCAUGGGUGGUACUCCGUAUAGUGAGCUUGAAGAUGAAUGUGAUGUCGAAGAAGCUGUUGUUGAAAAAUUUGUGAGACUAAAACAACUACCGGAUAUGCCAGAUCCUCUUUACGAAGUGCUUUUAUCAUGCUGGCAUGUAAAUACAGAUGAACGACCGACAUUUGAUGAACUUAGUCGAUUGAGCACUCUGGGCAUCUGCCCCAUCACAGUCAUCACGGAACCAUACCGGCCUGAGUUAGAAUUGAAUUAAAACUUGUUUUCGAAUAAAGAUCGGCAUUCCAAGAAAAUAGAAAAAAAAAACAGAAUUUUAACAUUUAUAUCAUAUUUCUAGAGUUCGUUUUAUAUUCAACGAUACGCUAACUAUAGUUACCGUACUCAACUACUGACGAAAUUAGUCUAAUUUUUAAAAUUUUUUACUAUUAUUAUAGUAGACAUUUUUUUUAUGUAUUAUUACGGUAUUAUAUAGAUUUAUUUUACAGUUACUUAAAUUACAUUUUAAGCUCAAUAUUGUUUCCGUCCAGAAUUUACUUAAUUAUUAUUUUAAUUAUAAAUUUUAUUAAAAAUUUUUUAUUUUUUAUUUCUGAUAGUUUAUAGGAAUGUAAUGAAAAAAAAGUACAGUAAUUAAUGUACUGUAAUACUGCUUUAUUAUUUUACACUUCUACAUACCACGAAUAUUUCAUGAUCUUAUGC